CCAAGCCAGUGUUCACUUUCCAGACAUCAAUCACAAUGGCAGGCCCGGCCAUGAAGAAGCAAAAGACAGGCCCGAGGCCGCAAAAUGCCUCAUCAGAGCCACGCAUCACCGAUCCUAGGUUUGCAAAUAUCCAGUCUGAUCCACGAUACCGUCUCUCCGGGAAGAAGGACAAAGUCAAGCUUGACAAACGAUUCAGCCGAGCCUUGGAGGAUGAAGAUUUCACACGAAGAGCCAAGGUCGACCGUUAUGGUCGCCCACUGGCCUCAGACGCCGAGAGAAAUAGACUGAAGAGAAAAUAUGAAUUUGACCAAGACGAAGAGGAGGAAGACGACGAACCAGACGACGACAACCAAGUCCAAAAAGAGCUGCGCAAAUUCGACGGACCUGAAUCCAACCCCUUUGACCCUCUGCGCGAAACACGAGACACUCAAUCAUCCUCCGCUGACGAGACCUCGAGCGACGAAGAAUCUGAAGACGAUGCAGAUCUCGACGAAGAAGUCGGCAUUGGUCCGGCUGAACAAGCAGACAUCCCCACGGGCGAAGUGACCUCACGCCUCGCCAUAGUCAAUCUAGACUGGGACAACAUCCGAGCCGCCGACCUGAUGGCCGUGUUCAACAGCUUUCUGCCUCCUGAAGGUAGCCUGCUUAAAGUAUCCAUCUACCCCAGCGAAUUCGGCCGAGAACGACUCGAUCGCGAAGAAAUAGAAGGCCCGCCCAAAGAAAUAUUCACCAACGACGCUCGGUUUCGGUCCUCGUCCCCUUCUGCGGCCUCCGACGUCGAUGACGAUGAGCAGAUCAAGAAGUCCAUUCUCCAAGCCGACGACGGCGCCGACUUCGACUCCGCCGCCCUGCGCAAGUAUCAACUCGAGCGCCUGCGCUACUACUACUGCAUCUUAACAUUUUCCUCGGCCUCCGUCGCGAAGCACAUAUACGAAGCGGUCGAUGGAACCGAGUACCUCCACACGGCGAAUUUCUUUGACCUGCGCUUCGUCCCUGAUGAGACAGACUUUACAGGUGACACGCCUAAGGAAGAAUGCACCCAGAUCCCCGAUGACUACAAGCCAAACGACUUCGUCACCGACGCGCUGCAACAUAGUAGGGUCAAACUUACGUGGGAUGCGGAAGAUACUGGGCGAAAAGAGACGAUUGCGCGGGUGUUCAAGGGCGGGAGGAAGGAGAUUGAAGAGAAUGAUCUGAAAGCAUAUCUCGGAUCCGACACAUCUGCCGAUGAGGAUGAGGACGAAAAAGCAGAGGAAGAGCACGCGGGGGUGUCGAAGAAGGAAGCCGAGCGACAGCGCAUGCGAGCGCUACUUGGCCUGGCGCCAGAGCCGCAGAAGAAAUCUCAGAAAGACAAGGACAAGGCACCCGUGGGAGAUAUGCAAGUCACGUUCACAUCCGGCCUGAUGAACUCCGAAAAGCAGGGCGGGAAGAAGAGGCCUGUCUUUGAGAACUCGCCGGAACCAGAAGAGACGACGGUAGAGAAGUAUAUUCGGAAAGAGCGCGAGAGGAAGCAGAAGCGCAAGGAGAAGAUGAAGGCCGGGAGGGAGGGGCAAGGCGACGAUAUCGAUGGCGCUGCUGCUGCUGCGGAAGUAAAAGACGCAGGCGCCGACCAGGGUUCACGAGAUCGCGACGAAGAUCUAGGAUUCGAAGAUCCAUUCUUCGCCGAUGCCGACGCCGACGCUGCCGAAGAGCCAUCAGCCCAGUCCGAAAGGGCAGCGAGCAACAAACUGCGCAAAGAGGAACGACUCAAGAAGAAAGCGGAGCGGCAGGCAGAAGAAGAGGCCGAGCGCAAACAGCGCGCCGAGCUGGAGUUGCUGAUGGCUGAUGACGACCUUGUCGGCGAAGGCGACGCUGGGAAGGGUAGUAGCAGCAUCAGACACUUUGACAUGAAGGAGAUCGAAAGGGCAGAGAAACAAGCACGCAAGAAGGGCAAGAAGAACAAGAAGGAUAAGAACAAGACAGCCAAGAAUGGCGCGGCAGCAGAAAUCGAGGGCGACGACGAUUUCAAAGUCGACACCACCGAUCCGCGCUUUGGCCGGCUGUUCUCGAGCCAUGAGUACGCCAUCGACCCGACAAAUCCGAAGUUCAAAGGCACAAAGGGAAUGAAGGCUUUGUUGGAAGAGGGACGAAAGAGGAAACACAGUAGGCACAACAAGCUGGAUACUGAUGAGGUCGGUGUAGAGAGGACGACAGAGAAAGGUGCGAAAGACAAAUCUGGCAAAGGGAUGGAGGGUUCCGGACAAGGUGAUGUGAAGAGUCUAGUUGAGAAGAUCAAAAGGCAGAGUAAGAAGUAGGAAAUCAAACCAGAGGUCGAGGUUGAGGAAGCGAAAACUGCGAAUUCAGCUUUGCAACUGCGCUUUGUUCUUGACCUCUCUUAUUUUCAACCUUGAACUUGAGCGCAACGCUCUGGUCAACUUAGC